GGAAGAAAAACAGUCGAAGCUCCAGCAACUCUUUGUCUGGAAGACACGCGCACAAAGAAGAAAAAAAUCCCGACGUUCCAAACUUUUCUUGGUACAGUCCGAGCAGGACAGCGUCCCGUUAGGUGUGGGAAAAGUCGCCAGAGAGAAAGCUGCCUUCAUUCGCGUUUAAACCAAUAAGUUUUCUUCCCUCUGAGGUUUGACGCGUCAGCCUGGCGCUCCCUCUGAACAACAGCGUCUCCACACGCAGCUCGGUCUGGGGCGCAGCAGCAGGCUUCACGAGCAGGCGAGAAAAGACUUUAUGAAGCCGAGAGAAGAGACGAGACUCCGCAUGAGGAAGGAACCCGCAGAGCUGCUGCGGGAUUUCAUCUAAAACAAGAGGACACACCCUGGCCUAGCUUCAACACAGGAACUGGAUGACAGGAAAGAGGCUCAAGACAAGUCAUUUUAUUGAAGAAAAAGAAAACUCACAGCCAGUUUGAGAUUAUUCCAGCACACAUCCCUGCAACAAUGGGUGACUCUGGAGAAGACUACACUGGAGAAGACUACAACUACACCUAUGCGUGUAAUCUGGAGUACGAGGACCUGGGGAAGCUGAAAGUAGGCCACCAGCAGUCGGAACCCAUCCACAUUAUUUCAGUGGUGGUCUACAUCAUUUCCAUCAUGCUGGGUCUGAUUGGCAAUGGCAUGGUUAUCUGGGUGAUGGCUUUCAAAAUUAAAAAAACCACCAACAGCGUGUGGUUGCUCAAUCUGGCCAUCGCAGACUUUGUGUUUGUGCUUUUUCUGCCCUUCUACAUCGAUUACAUCCUGAGGGAUUUCCACUGGGACUUUGGUCUGGCAAUGUGUAAGAUCAACUCCUUUGUGUCUGUGAUGAAUAUGUAUGCCAGUGUCCUGUUCCUGACAGUGCUCAGCGUGGACAGAUAUGUCUCUCUGGUCCACCUGAACUGGUCUCGGAGACACCGCACUGUACACAGAGCCUGGCUCAUGUGCGGUUGCAUUUGGGCGAUGGCUGCUCUCCUCAGCUGCCCCGCAUUGAUCUUUCGUGACACCUUACGUCUUCACGACCACGUGUUGUGCUACAACAACUUCCACAUGCAGAACGGAUACAAAGCGGCUAUGAUCCACAUCACAAUAGUGACCAUUCGUACCACUGUGGGCUUUCUUCUGCCGUUAACUGCCAUAAGUGUGACAGGAAUACUUCUAUCAAUCAAAGUGAGAAACUCUGGUGGUUCAGUUCACAUGUCAAGCUUCUCUAAAACAGUCACUGCAGUGAUUCUGGCCUUCUUUUUGUGCUGGGCACCUUUCCAUGCAUUCAGCUUGAUGGAGCUAUCCAUACACUCCUCGGUUUACCUCCACCACAUCUUGAAAUCUGGCUUUCCUCUUGCCACCAGUCUAGGCUUUUUCAACAGCUGCAUCAACCCCCUGCUCUACAUACUCCUCGGCAAGAAGGUGCGCCACAUCCUAAAGAGCGCGUGUCUAAACGUAACCAAGAGUUCGCUGAGAGAGCUUAGCCAGUCGAUCUCUGCAACAGAGAUCGAAUCUGUGCCAGGAACUCACCUGGAUAGCAGCCCAGAUGAUUAUUUGACUUCAUCUACCCUAUAAUCCCAACAGAAGUGCAUGUUUCCCAAAAACAAAACAUGGAGCGCCAAUGUGGAUAAUUUCCACAGCUAUGUUUUCCAGCUCAAGUGUUAAGAUUUUCUCUCAAUGGAAAAGUUGAACUCACACACAAAGUUCAUCUCUUUUCAUUUUUUUGUAUAAUUUAUUAACACAAAAGCAGGGUGGACGAAAUCCAAGCUAUAAGUGUUUAUUUGGAUCAGCAGCGCAAUUACACAAAUAAUCAACAUAAAAUGCAUCUUUAAUGUUCUUUAAAAUGGCAGAAAAAAUAAUCAAAGGUCAGAAAGUUACUUUGGUUAUCUUUCCAGGUUUUCAGAUAACCAGCAGAUGUUUAAAAAUACUAAAUCAAGGGAAGUGGGCAGGCUUCCCUAAAAAACACGCGGUUUUGGAGUCACACGCCUCAUUAUGUACCUCAAGGAAAACUUAGAGGAUGACGUGCUUGACUCCAGUUAUUUUUAGUUUUUGAGGUAACACGGAUUCAACUAGUUUAAUGAUGGUUAAUGUUUGUUUAUGUUGGGGUUGUAACAGCUCCUGUUUGGACAUCGUGUUCAUUGAUUUCCACAACAGAAAAUGAAUAUGAGAAGCAUAGAGGUCAUAUAAACGUAGAGGCGACACGGACUGGGGCUUUCUAUCGGCGCUUCUGUAAAUGUGGACCGCCAUGUUGGAUGGGUCACUAGUCAUCCCUAGUGCAUUCAUUGGGCUAGAAAAGUCAAUAGUAAUCCAAGAUAAUCUGUUUUCAAUAAUAUGCGGGUUGUUGGAACCAUAGACCUCACAAAAAAGGCAUAGUUGCUCACUGAGCGUUAACUUUGAUUAGGUUUUGGAAUGAAGGGCCCAUCCAAUAUGGCGGUGAAGUGAUUAUACUCCAGUGCUAAACAUUGCCUCUACGUAUUUCGUCUUUGUUUCAUCUCCUUCCCGCCUCUUGUGGCAACUAGCUGUUUGUUUCAUAAAAAUUGUACAUUUGUACUAACUUAAAAAGUAAACUUUCUUCCUACCUAAAGUAGACCUACAUUUUAUUCGCCGUUUGAAUGUGGGACUACUUUCUUUUGAGCGUAAGUAGUAAAGCGGCACUUGUGAUUGUUUUAGACCAAUGCUGUGCUCGCAUUUAGUAACUAGAAAGCCAACAUAGCGGUGUAUUCGGAGUCAGAAAAUAGCAGCAAUUGUGAUUUAACUACCCUAGAAACUCGUAAAUUAGAGAACAAAAAUUUUUUAUUGAAACGUGUUUGAUGUAAUAUGUCAGGGGACACGUUUCUGUCAAAAUAUAUUUAAAUAAAAAAUGCUCUUACCAGUUAGCGUUUGCAAGUCUGUGUGCAUUUUGAAGUUCCCACGCUUCAGCAGCUCUUUCAUUGUUUAAAUUAAUUAUCUCUGUUAAGCUUGUUCCCAUCAACUCAUGCUGCUGGCUCAAAACUGUAUGGCUGUGCACCUUCAGUAUUUAACAUAAAUGUAUGUUCGGAUUCAGAAUCUGGAGCUCCAUGCUGCUGCUGCACAUUAUUUUGUUUUCUGAGCAGAGUCAGGAACGUUUUUCUUGAGCUUCACUUCCGGUUUCCAGCAAGAGGCGCUGUUUUUAGACGGAUGAGCUAGGAGAGCCUAGUUGGAAAAGUAAUGGCACUUUUUUCCUUUUUUUUUUAAAUGAAAAUAUAAUGUUUAGACCUGUUACAAUAUAAGGGCUUCAACAUGGGUUUAACGUAGAAGACCCACUUUAAAACGCUUAAAGCAGAAAUCUGGAGUUUCUUUUGUCCAGUGGGUCUAUCUAGAGGUGUAAAAAUGUAUUGCACCUCUUAAUACUUCUUUGAUUGUGGAAGCAACAUGCAUCUAGCAGGCCAACAGAGCUAAAAACAGUGUAUCACAAUUAUUCAUAUGUAUGUGUAUGCAUAUAUAUAUAUAUAUAUAUAUAUAUAUAUAUAUAAUUACAUAAAAUACUUACUUGUCUAUAAGAAAUGUCGCUAUCUAUCAAGGUAUGUACGCUAAUGUUUGUACAUGCUCUGUGAAUUACAUCUGUGCAUAAGCGGAUGUCGAACGCUGUUGUAUAAGUCUGAGCGACACUCAAGUAAAAUUGCAUGGGGAUCUACGGGACAGGCUUAGCAAAAAUAAAAACAGAUGUAUUCCAUCCAUUAUAUCACAGUACAGGGUCAGACCAUCACUUUGUAUGGAUUUGUGAAAAAAAUCCGAAAAAAAUCCUGAAAGGGGGAAACUCUGGACUGUAGUUUUAAUUGCCCUUGUGGGCCAAGAAAAUGUAUUAUUGUUAAUAUUUUUUAAGAAAUAUUUUAUGGUGAUUUUCUGUUAUUUGUACUCCUCAAAAAAGCCCCAAGAAAAGCAUUUUAGUAAAAAUUUGAGCAUAAAAACCUCUAAGUAUUGAUCUGCAUGAAAAGCCAACCGGAGAGACAAAAUGCAUCAUUCCAGAAAUGCACUUGUGGGCCGCACAAAAGAAGUCUGAGGGCCACAAAUGGCCCCCGUGCCACAUUUUGGACAUGAGGAAAUCUCUGGACUGCUGCUUUAAAACAAGAAAUAGAAUGUAUUGCUGAUUUUAAAUAACCAGAUGCAAGAAUGUGCUGUUUUGUCUCUAGUGAGUAAAAAUGUUUUUGGGACAUUGAUGUUUCACAAAGUAAAUGAAAAAAGUUUGUGAUUUCAUCCAGUGAUGUAAGAUACAAUAUAUUGUUAUUAUUACAAGUUUCUUAUGAGUGCCAGAAUAUUACCUCAUUUAGACCAUUAAUGUAACAUUAGUUUAAAAAGAGCUGAAUAAAUUUGAUUUUGUCAAUUGUAUCCAAUGUCAAAAUUCAGUAUCCUAAUGUGAUGAUUGUCUGUUUUAACUGUAUGUACAGUCUAUGGUUUUAACAUACUCUUUUGUUUGAAAUAAAAAAAAUAGACUUUAA